UACAAGUUGACGGAAUACUGGUUACAAAUCUAAUCUAGACGGUGACGGAAUAUUGUGGUUAAAAGCCGGAUGCACGAGAAUCCCCAAUCGACUUGUAUACAUUCGCGAAUCGUAUCUCGCCUCAUUCAAUAGUGACCAGUCGGAGGAAUCUCAUUUAUACGACUUGCACGCGCUUCAUUCCUCUUACAAUUAUUUAACAAUUACGAUUAAAAGUGAUAUAACAAUUUCGUCAGUGAAUUUCCACGUUUCUUUGAGGAUUUUAUAAAGCGCGGCCGAGUCUAUCAGCAUGUCACGACUCACAAGUGUUUACUUCAUUUUUAUUGUUAUUCAAUUAUUAGUAACGCUAUCGACGUGUCAGGUGGACGACAGGUUGAACGUGCUUGAUGAAUGGAGAGUCCAACCACCACAAAUUGAAAUUAGAUUAUUGAAGAGCCAUACGUCAAAAGAUGGGAACAUAUUGGACAGCAUCGAAUAUAUAUUUUCGAACAAUAACGAAUACGCGGAAUCGCAGAAGCAAGAAAAUACUGGCAAGAAGUCUGAAGACGUUCGAACGGAAGAAGAGAAAAAGACUACUGUAAUACCAAAGUUUGGAGGUAGAACUAUUUUCCGUAUACCAAAAAUCCAGUGCCCCCCGGGUCAACAACGAGAUUAUUUAGGCGAGUGUAGAGACGUCUUUGUACCAUAGAAAUCAUAAUUGUGAAAAACCAGAACAAUUGCAUUUGACCGAACUAUAAGAAACUAGGAGUGGAUGUAUGCGUACGACGUUACGCAUAAAAGCUUUACUCUCUAGUUAUCUUGUUUCUAUAUACUUUUGUAAGAAAUAAAUUAAUUAUCUAAUCCUAGA